UGACAAUUUCAUUUCUUAGCUCAAAUAUUAUUAUAAGGUGAGAACCGGAUUUAAGGGAAGAAGCAGAAGGGUUUUAGGUCAAGCAGAGAGAAAACUAAACUGAAAAUGGAAGACGGUGAGAUAGAAGAGGGUUCUUCAAUCGCCGUCGAAGAUGAACACCAACAAGCGUUUGCGCAUUCCUCCGAAGACCCCAUCUCGGAGGAAUCACCCUACGAAAUUCUCCACAACAGCAAAUCUUCCAUUGAAACCAUCAUCUCCGAUAUCCUCUCCAUCAAAAAAGAUGCUAAACCCAAACAACUCCUUCGAGAUCUCGUCACUCAAAUGUUCCUUCACUUCAUUACUCUCCGCCAGGCGAAUCGCUCUAUAUUGAUUGAGGAAGACCGUGUCAAAAUGGAAACCGAACGUGCGAAGGCACCGGUAGAUUUCACGACCCUGCAACUUCACAAUUUGGUGUACGAAAAGAGUCACUAUCUUAAAGCGAUUAAGGCUUGUAAAGACUUCAAGUCUAAAUAUCCUGACAUUGAACUCGUACCCGAGGAAGAAUUUUUACGCGACGCUCCCAAGGAUAUCAAGGAUUCCGUUUUGUCAAAAGACAGUGCUCAUAAUCUGAUGCUCAAGAGACUCAACUUUGAGCUAUACCAGCGUAAAGAGCUCUGCAAACAUCAUGCGAAACUGGAACAACAAAAGAAAAUCCUUUUGGAUACUAUUGCAAACCGAAAGAAGUUCCUGACAAGUCUCCCUUCACAUCUCAAGUCUCUUAAGAAAGCAUCAUUGCCUGUUCAAAAUCAACUAGGAAUUAUGCAUACUAAGAAACUAAAGCAGCAUCAUUCAGCAGAGUUGCUUCCACCAGCUCUUUAUGUGAUUUACUCACAGCUAUUAGCUCACAAGGAGGCCUUUGUAGAACCCAUUGAUUUGGAGAUUGUAGGAAGCCUGAAAGAUGCUCAAGCUUUUGCUCGUAAGCAAGCUCACAAGGAAACCGGCAUUUCCACUGUCACAGAGAGUUCUAAAUUGGAAGAUGAUGUUCCUGAUGAUGAAGAAGAUGGUCAGAGACGUAGAAAAAGGCCAAGGAGGGUACAAGUCAAGGAGAGCUCUGAUCAAGGGGGCAUAUUUCAAAGUCACCCACUUAAAAUCAUUAUCCAUGUGUAUGAAGAUGAUACUUCUGAUCCUAAGCCUGCAAAACUAAUUACUCUAAGCUUUGAGUACAUGGUUAAAUUGAAUAUUGUAUGUGUUGGAAUAGAAGGAUCUAAUGAUGGUCCUGACAGUGACAUCUUAUGCAAUUUAUUUCCUAAUGAUACAGGGCUUGAGCUUCCUCACCAGUCAGCUAAGCUCUUUGUUCAAGAUGCUAUAACGUUCAAUGCUCAAAGAACUUCACGUCCUUACAAAUGGGCUCAGCAUCUGGCAGGGAUUGAUUUCUUACCUGAGGUGUCUCCAUUGCUCCCCACUGAGAACAGUGAAGCAGCAAAGAGCGAAGAUGUUAUAUCUGGUCUCUCAUUAUAUCGCCAACAGAACCGAGUACAGACAGUUCUGCAGAAAAUCCGCUCAAGGAGAAAAGCUCAAUUGGCUCUUCUGGAACAGCUAGAAUCUCUUACCAAGCUUGAGUGGCCUCUUUUGUCCUGCAAAAGUGUUCCAUGGGCUUUGCACACCCCUUUGUGCAAAUUGGAUGGCUGGUCACCUAUAAAAGCCCCUGUACCUAGUGAAACUUCACCUCUGGCUACCAUAGAUAAAGAGGAGCAUGUUCAAGAAUCAAUGGAUGUUGAUGUAAUUGAAAAUUCUGGGGCCACAAAAGAAGAACUCGAUGGUAUGACGGAAGAUGGAGAGCUUCCAACUUUACUUCCAAAGAUGACUAAGUUUGACCACUCCAAACAAGCUAGCUUAAUUUCAAAAAGUAUCAUUCCUUCACUUAGUAAAGCUAGGUCAAAGAGUUUCAAAAAAGUUGAUGAUAGUUCAGAUUUCUUGCUGGAUACUGAUAGUGAUUUUGAUGAGCCUGCACAAAUUGGAAGUGAACACGAAGAUACUGUAUCUGAUUACUGUGCCAGAAAGUCUCUUUCAUGGAUAGAUUCUAGUGUGAAGGAAUUCCUCCUUGUUCUUAGCAGAAAAACUAAUGCAGAGGAUAGAAAUGUGAAUUUAGAAGCCAAGAUCAAGAUCAGUAUGGAAUAUCCUCUAAGGCCUCCACUUUUUGCAUUGAGUCUUUGCCGUAUACCUGUUGGGGAGAAUCAUUUUAAGAAUGAUGGAUUGGAGUGGUACAAUGAACUUCGCGCAAUGGAAGCGGAGGUCAACUUACAUAUGGUAAAGACACUACCUGUCAUUGAACACAAUCAUGUAUUGGCUCAUCAAGUGAGUUGUCUUGCCAUGUUGUUUGAUUAUUAUUUAGACGAGUCCUCAUCAUCCGAAAGGAAAAACUGCACUACCUUGGUUGAUGUUGGCUUAUGCAAGCCUGUUAGUGGUGGGUUCCUGGGCAGAUCUUUUAGAGGAAGGGAUCACCGGAAGAUGAUCUCCUGGAAAGACAUGACAUUUACUUCAAGCUGACCCCAGUAGCGGUAAGUUUCCAGCUAGAUCUUUCAGAGGGAAAAACUGCAAUGAUGAUCUUCUUUGAGGACAUUGAGUUCAUGUGAAAUUGACCGGGUAGUUAUGUUCAGCUCUGGACAGCACACGUGGAGUAUACACAGUGGUGCCUAUAUCGACUGUUGUAAGAAUAAGGCAAAUUUUCAUCCCUUGUGUGCGUUAGCUAGCCUACCAUCAUUCCUUGACUUUACAGUUGGAAAUCUGGUUGAGACACUGAUAGAUUGUGAAGGUGUCAUUUCAGCCAUUGAUUAUAGCAAUUCAAUAUUUGACAAGUGCAGCUGCACGGAUUCAAGUAUACCCCUACUUUGAUGAGAAACGCCUGAAUAGUGGCUGUAGUGAUUUUUCAAGUUCAUUGUAAGUUGUAAUUUAUUGAUUGUACUGUAGGAUAUCUUUAUUCUUUUUCGUAUUGGUAUUUCCUUGUACAAUUUUUCUUCACAGUAUUCCGUGAGUAUGGUCUAAUAACCCGUGAAAGUUUAGCCACAUGACCACAUCAUUGAAUGAAGUUGUACAACUAUGCUUGGAUGUAAUGUUUAUCGUAUGUUCAAUUU